AUGAGGCCCCGCUACGCCCACUCUGCCUUCGGGCGACGGGGCUUUCGGGGUUCUGCCAACAGCAGUUGGCCUAAACCAGAAAACAGAGACGACAGCAAUAAAAAGGAUUUUAAAAAAGAAAUGAGAAAACGGAAGAGAACAGCAGCAAGAGAGGAAGGAGACCCGAAAGAACACAAGCUGGACCCGCCACCCUGGUGCUCGGAACCGCAGCUUCAGGCUUCGAAAGGGGCAGGGUCGGGAGGUCGGCCUCGGUGGAGGAAGCGCCCACAGCCCGGCGCCCUCGGAGGCAGCCCCGGGUUCUCCCGCGCAGUCCCGCGGGUGGGGACGCCGGGCCUGGCUGCCCUGAGCGCACCACCGGGGGUUCCUGCUCCCGGGCCCACAGCGCGAAGCGGGGGGCGACACCUCCGUGCGCCCGGGCGGUCCCCGCAGCGGUCCCGUCCUGCAGCCACGCGGGCCGGCCGAGGACCGCCGUCGGCACCCGGAGGCCCGACUCCCACCCCCCGCCCCGGACGCCCCGAAGCGCCGCAGACGGGGGCGCAGCGGCGGGAGCUGGGGCGGCUGCUGGGGGCGGGGCGAGGGCGGGGCAUCGCGUUGCGUGGGGCGGUGGGCGGGGGCCCAACGGCCGCGGGGGGCCACCCGGAGGUGGGGCCGGGAGAUCCCGCAGGCCAGGGCCCGGGUGAGCAGGGUCCCCGCCUCAGAGCGCCCAGCAGGGGACUAGCGGGUCUUCACAGCCCGGGAGCACCGGGCCUGGGCAUCGGCCACUCCUGGGGGGAUCUGGGAACGAGAACCGGAGCCUGCCAGCUGCCUGCAGCGGUGAACCCGCCCUAG